CACCACCCACACACUUGCCGUAAUAAUGGGCAUGCGCUAAAGUCAUUCCACGUGUAUUUCUUAGUGUCUCGCCACUGUUCUAGAACUUUCUGGAUUGCCUGUGAUCAUUAGAGGCCAUAAUGUCAGAAGAAGAGCAACAAACCACGCAGCCUGAAGAAAUGGAAGAUGGUGGGGAGGUGGAAACCUUUGCCUUCCAAGCUGAGAUUGCUCAGCUCAUGAGUCUUAUCAUCAACACCUUCUACUCCAACAAGGAAAUCUUCCUGAGAGAGCUCAUCUCAAACUCUUCAGACGCCCUUGACAAGAUUCGGUACCAAAGUCUGACUGACCCGUCCGUUCUCGAAUCUGAGAAAGAGCUCAAGAUUGAGAUCAUCCCCAGCAAAGACGAGAACACACUCACCCUCAGGGAUACUGGGAUCGGUAUGACUAAGGCAGAUCUGGUGAACAACUUGGGCACCAUUGCAAAAUCCGGUACAAGGUCAUUCAUGGAAGCAUUGCAGGCUGGUGCUGAUAUUUCUAUGAUUGGACAAUUUGGAGUUGGCUUCUAUUCAUGCUAUCUGGUAGCUGAGAGCGUGAGAGUUAUCACCAAGCACAAUGAUGAUGAGCAGUACAUCUGGGAGUCCAGUGCUGGAGGGUCCUUUACCGUUCAACGUGACACUGGUGAAUCAAUCGGCCGUGGCACGGUCGUCACGCUCGUAAUGAAAGAAGAUCAAAACGAAUAUGUGGAGGAGAAAAGGGUUAAAGAUGUAAUUAAGAAGCACUCUCAGUUCAUUGGCUAUCCCAUUUCCCUCAGAAUGAUGAAGGAGCGUGACCAGGAGAUCACCGACGACGAGGCAGAGGACGAAGAGGAAACUCCCAAGAAAGAUGGCGAAGAUGAGGAGGAGGCCAAAAAAGACGAUGAGCCUAAGAUUGAGGAGGUAGAGGAAGACGAUGAGGGAGAUAAAAAAGAGGAGCCAAAGAAAAAGACGAAAACUAUCAAAGAAAAGUACGAGGACGUCCAAGAGCUCAAUAAAACCAAACCCAUCUGGACCCGUAAUCCUACCGACAUCACUCAAGACGAGUACGGCGAGUUCUACAAGUCUCUUACCAACGAUUGGGAGGAGCAUCUUGCCGUGAAGCACUUCUCUGUCGAAGGACAACUCGAGUUCCGUGCCCUUCUCUUUGUGCCUAAGAGAGCCCCCUUUGAUCUGUUUGAGAACCGAAAGGUCAAGAAUAACAUCAAGCUAUACGUGCGACGUGUGUUCAUCAUGGAAAACUGCGAAGAGCUUAUCCCAGAGUACCUCAAUUUCAUGAAGGGUGUAGUCGAUUCCGAAGAUUUGCCUCUUAACAUUUCUCGUGAGACCCUCCAACAGAGCAAGAUUCUGAAGGUUAUUCGCAAGAACCUCGUCAAGAGAUGCCUUGAGCUUUUUGCUGAGCUGGCAGAAGAUACUGAGAAUUACAAGAAACUUUACGAGCAGUUUUCGAAGAAUUUAAAGUUGGGCAUCCACGAGGACAGCCAGAACAGGAAGAAGGUUGCUGAGCUCUUGCGUUACAAGACCUCCACAUGUGGAGAGGAGUACUCCUCCCUCAAGGAAUAUGUCAGCAGAAUGAAGGAAGGCCAGACUCAGAUCUACUACAUCACUGGGGAGUCUGUUGACCAAGUGUCUCACUCUGCCUUUGUGGAGCGCGUCCGCAAGAGUGGCUUCGAGGUCAUCUACAUGGUGGAGCCUAUCGACGAGUACUGUGUGCAGCAGCUGAAAGAGUACGAAGGAAAGACCCUAAUCAGUGUGACAAAGGAAGGCCUUGAACUACCUGAAGGUGACGAUGAAAAGAAAAAGUUUGAAGAGCUCAAGUCGAAAUUUGAGCCUCUUUGCAAAGCCAUGAAGGACAUCUUGGAUAAGAAGAUCGAAAAAGUUAGCGUGUCAGGGCGAUUGGUGACCUCCCCCUGUUGUAUUGUGACUAGCCAGUAUGGUUGGACCGCUAACAUGGAGAGGAUCAUGAGAGCCCAAGCGCUACGUGACACAAGCACUAUGGGAUAUAUGGCUGCUAAGAAACAUCUCGAGCUCAACCCAGAACAUCCAAUCGUUGAGUCUCUCCGAGCCAAGGUGGAGAGCGACAAGAACGACAAGAGUUUGAAAGAUCUGGUGAUGCUGUUGUACGAGACGUCUCUGAUGUCCUCUGGGUUCAGUCUGGACGACCCUCAGACUCAUGCCAACAGGAUCCAUCGUAUGAUCAAGCUGGGACUAGGGAUCGAUGAUGACAGUGAUGUCACCGGUGGAGAUGCCCCAACUGAAGAGAUGCCCCCCCUCGAGGGAGAAGAGGACGAGGACGCUUCACGAAUGGAGGAGGUCGACUAGAACUGAAACAUUACAACUUUGCUAACUGUUGUUUGCUGAAUUUGCACUCCAGUUUGUUUUGUUUAGUUACUUAUAUAUUUGAAUGCUUUUGCCGUGAAUAA